GUGCCACAGAGUGGUUGUGUGUUUUGUUGUCAGUGUUGUGUAUUACAUUUUUAUGCCAACCAUCGUGACAGGAGGUAACGGGUGUCCAUCGGCCAUGGCUUCAGACCAGGAGUCGUGUUCGGACGAGGAGCCCGACAGCGAGAUGCUGAGCGAUGAUCUGUGUCUCCCAGACAGCGAUGACGACCGGCAACCCAGGACUGUGCAGACCCUGUCCGAGGACCUGCAGCCCCUGAACUCUUGCAUCAUCCGCGCACCUCGCAAGCUCUUCACGAACUGCCGCGAGCGCUGGCGGCAGCAGAACGUGUCGGGUGCGUUUGCUGAGCUCAGGAGACUGGUGCCGACCCACCCGCCUGACAAGAAGCUGUCCAAGAACGAGAUAUUGAGAAUGGCUAUUAGGUACAUAGGCCUUCUUUGCGAAGUCUUGGAGUGGCAAAAGACUCACGGCCUAUCCAUGAACAAGGAAAACUCCGCAUCUCUCGCCAUCAAAUGCGAAUCACCUCUCAGUCCUCAAUCUCGACGACUGCUCCUGAAGCGGCCUUAUUACGAAGACGAAGGUCCUAGAGCUAAGGUCUUCGACAGCGACCAGAGGUGUGGUAACGAAGAGAAUGAGGAAACUAUCUUCCGAAGAUCCUGCCAAAGGACUUCGGAUCAGUACAAGGACAGAAUAAUCUUCGGGAAGGACCAUCUGAGAGUUUUUAAGAAUCAGUACUACUUUCCUUCUAGAUGGAGGCAGAAUAUGCCGUUCAGGAAUAUUGCUGAUAGGAAUGGUAAUAAUUUGUUGAUGAUAGCUCCCGCACAGAAUGGUAAAGAUGAUGGUAAGAAUGGUCAAAAAGACAAGGACAAGGACGAUGGUAAAUAAAGCGAUGGUGAAUUUAAUUUUGGUGACAUUUAUUAAUUUUGGAAUCGUUUGUUUAUCCCAAUUGAACAAGUUUUAGAACUUGUUAAGAAGGACGUUUAUCGCGUAUCCAUAAUACAUGGAUUAUUUUACCAAAUUCCAUAAAAUCAAAGCGAGUUUCCACGUAAGGAAUUUAGGCACUGGGUUUUGAAUAACUGCAGUUUGAAAACACUUUUAUUGUAUUCAGGUUUAGAUAUUAAAGCCAGUAUAGUUACUGACCAUAAUAGUUUAGCUCACUGGACGAGCGCGGUGCAAUCAUUCAGAGCAUCUUGCAUUCAGCAUGUAAAAUAUUGAGAAAAUAUUGAGUGGUGAUAAUUGGUUAGGCGAUAAAAGAGGCACUAUAAGUAGGUGGGACAUUGAAUUGAACCUUAACUCAUUCAUUAAAGAAGAUUCGUGGUUUUAUCAACUGUAUACUCGUAUGAGUUGUAAUUGUUAUUAUUUAAGCUAAGAUGUAUAAAGGCUAUUUCAGUUUCCGAGUAAAAAAUAUGUUUCUAUUCGAGCGCGGCAAAGUGAUCCCAUUGCACCCUAUGGUAAGUGGAGUGGGGUCCAAUAGAAUAUCGACUAACGAGAGAUGAUUACCCCGCGACAGUCGACGUAAUCAUGCCGGCCUGUUGGAACCGGAUAUACACAGACUAAUACCGGAACUCCGACACACUUACGUGGGUCACUAUGGUGGGUUUUAACACCUUGUGUAAGGUGGUCGUUAUCCAGGCAGAUAUAAAAUAUAUGUUAUCACCAACAAUUGAAUUAAUUGAUCUUGUAUUGAAUUAUACUUGGAGUAAUCCAUAAUGUUUUGUUGUUUUUGUGAUGUAUGUUUAAUGUAAGCCGAAGUAGUUUUAUCGAUCUCAACCCUGUAAGUAUGUAACCAAAGAUUUGCUGUUGUAUUUGUGACGUUAUUUUCAUUAAAAACAUAUGAGAA